UUUUGUAAACGGAUGGUCAAGACUCCAAAAGGAGACCUGCGGGACGCAAAGGCCACACGAACAAUAGAUGCAGAAGGGGGUUAUGUCAUGCCAGGUGGCGUAGAUGGGCAUGUUCAUCUUCAAGAGCCACCGCUGUUUGGUAAAGGUUCAUCAGCGGACAACUACGAAACCGGGAGUAGAUCUGCUGUCUGCGGAGGUACUACCUGCAUGGUUUCUUUUGCUCCUCAGAAGAAAAGUGAAGAUACUCUUCUCGACACUCUAAGAGCCACCUAUGAAAGAGCUAGAGAUAAUUGCUACAUAGACUACUCGUUCCAUCUGCUCGUGGGUAACCCAUCAGAGAGAGCCCUUUCGGAAUUCAAAACACUGCGAGAAGAAGGCAUCACAUCACUCAAGAUAUACAUGACCUAUGAAGCCCUCAAACUCAAUGACGGCCAAAUCCUCGACGUGCUCCUCGAAGCUCGCAAGCAGAAGAUCACGACAAUGGUCCACGCCGAGAAUGGCGAAGUAAUAGACUGGAUGACCAAGCAGCUCGAGAAGCGCAAGCUUUACGCCCCAAAGUAUCACGGCACAUCACAUCCACCAGUGGCGGAAACAGAAGCAACGUACCGCGCGAUCCAGCUCUCCGAUUUCAUGGACAGUCCCAUUCUGAUCGUCCACGUAUCCACCCCAGAAGCCGCAGCACACAUCCGAUCCGCGCAGAGUCGUGGAAUCCCCAUCUAUGCCGAAACAUGCCCGCAAUACCUCUUCCUCACGCGCUCGGAUCUCGACAAACCAGGCUUCGAAGGCGCCAAGUGUGUGUGCAGUCCGCCCCCUCGUGAGAGCGAAGCAGACUGCGAUGUCAUCUGGGACGGCCUCUCCAACGGAACUUUCACGAUACUGAGUUCGGAUCACUGUCCAUUCCGCUACAACGACAACGUGAACGGCAAGCAGACGUGCGUCACCGACGAGUACCCCGUUGGUCAUUUCAAGUAUAUCCCCAACGGCAUCGCAGGCAUCGAGACGCGACUUUCUCUUGCGCUCGGGGCGGACCGGCUCGACGUCAAAAAGUUUGUGGAGCUGACCUCGACUAACCCCGCGAAACUUUAUGGACUGCACCCUCUCAAGGGAGCAUUGGUGGAAGGACAAUCAGAUGCUGAUAUCAACAUCUGGUACCCUCCGGAGAAGAUGCAGGAGUUCCAGCUCAAGAAUGAAAUGCUGCAUCAUAAUGUCGAUUACACGCCUUUUGAAGGCAGAACCAUGAAACAGUGGCCUCGGUACACACUUCUCAGGGGAAAGGUGGUGUGGGAUAGAGACAAUGGUGGACUGUUGGGUGAGAAGGGCUACGGGAAAUUUAUCAAGAGGGAGGCGAGCUCUCUGGCUAAGCCUAGACAUGAAGGAGAAUGGGGAAUUUUUGAAGAUGGGUCAUUUGGAUUCUCCUAG